AACAAGCUCGACUGUAUACACAAAAUUCACAAAAACAGCUUUUGAGAAGUUUUCUUCUUCUUCACCUUAUUUUCGGGUAUCAAAGCCACAAAACCCUGAGAAUGGCGGCAGCUACUCAAUUUCUCUCCCAACCUUCGUCUCUCAAUCCACACCAACUGAAGAACCAAACCUCACAACGCUCCAGAAGCAUCCCUGUCUUGUCUCUUAAAUCCACAUUGAAGCCACUUAAACGCCUCUCCGUGAAAGCCGCCGUCGUUUCUCAAAACUCGUCCAAAACCGUGACGAAGUUCGAUCACUGUUUCAAGAAAUCAUCAGAUGGGUUUCUCUAUUGUGAAGGAACUAAAGUUGAGGAUAUCAUGGAGUCAGUGGAGAGAAGACCCUUUUACUUAUAUAGCAAACCUCAGAUCACUAGAAACCUCGAGGCUUAUAAAGAAGCAUUGGAAGGAGUGAGCUCUGUGAUUGGUUACGCUAUCAAAGCUAAUAACAAUCUUAAAAUUUUGGAGCAUUUGAGAAGUUUAGGCUGUGGUGCUGUGCUCGUUAGUGGAAAUGAGCUUAGACUUGCUCUUCGUGCUGGUUUCGAUCCCACAAAGUGCAUUUUCAAUGGAAAUGGCAAGUCUUUGGAAGAUUUAGUUCUAGCUGCUCAAGAAGGUGUUUUCGUUAAUGUCGAUAGUGAGUUUGACUUGAAUAACAUUGUGGAAGCUUCAAGAAUUUCUGGUAAGCAGGUCAAUGUACUGCUGCGUAUCAAUCCUGAUGUUGAUCCUCAGGUGCAUCCAUAUGUUGCUACUGGGAACAAGAACUCAAAGUUUGGUAUCAGGAACGAGAAGCUUCAAUGGUUUCUGGAUCAGGUCAAGGCACAUCCCAAAGAGCUGAAGCUUGUUGGAGCUCAUUGCCAUCUAGGCUCUACCAUUACUAAGGUGGAUAUAUUCAGAGAUGCGGCAGUUCUCAUGAUAGAAUACAUUGACGAGAUCCGGCGUCAAGGUUUUGAAGUUAGUUACUUGAACAUUGGUGGUGGUUUAGGGAUUGAUUAUUACCAUGCCGGCGCUGUCCUUCCCACACCCAUGGAUCUCAUCAACACUGUAAGAGAGCUUGUUCUUUCACGAGACCUGAAUCUAAUAAUCGAGCCAGGGAGAUCUCUGAUUGCAAACACUUGCUGUUUCGUCAACCAUGUAACUGGUGUGAAGACGAAUGGAACUAAGAACUUCAUAGUCAUUGAUGGAAGUAUGGCUGAGCUUAUCCGUCCCAGUCUUUAUGAUGCUUAUCAGCACAUUGAGUUGGUCUCUCCUCCACCGGCUGAAGCAGAGGUUACCAAAUUCGACGUAGUGGGUCCUGUCUGUGAAUCUGCUGAUUUCCUGGGCAAAGACAGAGAGCUUCCCACUCCUCCACAGGGAGCUGGUCUGGUGGUUCAUGACGCUGGUGCAUACUGUAUGAGCAUGGCUUCCACUUACAAUCUCAAGAUGCGUCCUCCGGAAUACUGGGUUGAAGAAGAUGGGUCGAUCACUAAGAUAAGGCAUGCUGAGACAUUCGAUGACCAUUUGCGUUUCUUUGAAGGUCUAUGAACUCUUAGAUUUACUCAUCAUUGUUGCUUUUUUGAUUGAAUUGUAUGAUUAUUCGGAAUCAGGACCAUAAUGAUAUUGCUGUUUUAGAUUUUCACAUUAUGUGCUUUGAUUCAAAGUCAAUGAAGUGAUCAUAUGAAUAAGAAAACGUUCACAAGUCAAGACAGAAAAUAAGAGGUGAUUCUGAUUAUAAGAGGAGUCUUUCAAGCCAAAGUCGUCCAUUGUCCAAACACAUAAACACUCAUCUAAGCUUCUUCCCAUAGCUAUAAGAAGAUUCUUUCAAGCUUUUUGUUCACAAGUUUGCUUGCAGAACUAAAUGAAUCAAUAACUACAACUACUAUGUCAUUAAUCAAGAAACUAAAAGAAGAUAGUUCAUAGUUCACAGGACAAGUAAAGUGAAUUUGGUUUAUCAUGUAGUGACUUACCGCCACAAGUCUAAUUUCAUCAUGGGUUAUAAGGAAGAUUCCAAAAUAAACCUUUUA